CGUGCGAUGGUACAUUUCACAUUCGCAGCGCUGUCCGUGCGGGCAAAACGUGGCCAGUUUGUAGACACCCGGGUAUUAAUUGUGUGUACGGUUUCUUGUGUUGGGUGUCAUACGUGUUUGUGAGGUGUUUUGUGGUAUGGGGUAAGAUGGGCGCGGGGCACAGCGUUGACGGCGAUGGGGGCGCGACUAGUGACCCGCCCGCCCAUGAUCGACGGAAAACUUGCAGUAGGAGGCGAAGACACUCGGUGGACUCGGUCGCGUCGUAUUCUAGUCAGAAUCACGUUGACCGUAUAAGGACACAAAAUUUCUCAGCGGCUUCUUGUCAAGACGAAGGCGACUUCGGGUCGAUCAAGACAAGCCUGUUCAGACGUGCAUCUUCGAAUUUGGAAUAUCCUGUUAAACGACCAGAAAGCGUCACGUCCAAUACAAGUUCCACAAGAAGCCGCCUUCGAGAACUUGUCGAAAGAAAAUCGGGUCAGGACGAGCACAAGUCCGCGGCAAACACCGUCGCCGAUAUACAAUACUUUGAAAAUCCAUCAGAGACACUUGAAUUUGACAAGCCACGUAUUUUUCUAGAAUUGAAAAAGAAUGAGGAGGAGCGUCCAAAGAAGAAGAAAUUAGUAAAGAGCAAAGAUUCUGAAAUCAAAAAUAAGAAGCAAGAGAAAUACCAAAGUAAGCUCGCUGAGUAUUAUAAAAUUCCCGUACAAUUACCUCAAGACGAAUUUUAUCAACACUUAACGCGGUCGAAAGCUGCCGAAGAAUUUUUAAAAAAACGUUUCUCAAAUUCAGAUACCGAGUUCAGUGGUAGUUACGGACGCUUAUGUAAACACAAAGAAAUAGAAGGAUCUAAUUUACGCCGCAGUAGAAGUUUGGCAGUAAUACGAGAAGAAACUUUUACAGAUCUUCAGCUACAAAAUCACCCCAAAAGCAAAAGAUCUCAACUAAUACCACGCGCACGAUUAUUUGACAAGCCGUGUUUCCGAGACAGAUUAACCGGUAGAACGAAAUACCAAACAAAAGAAGAAGUUUUGGAAGGAAUCUAUAUUGAUAGUACAGUCUCUUGUUUUGCCGACAUAAAUAGAACAAAGCCAGAAGAGGAAUCCUUAAAUGAAAAAGAAAACGAAGAAUUCAGGUCAGAAAAAGACGACGCCGUAUCACGAAACGAGAGUCAUCAGUCAAGAUCCGCUUGCGGAAGUUGGACAAAUUUAAACGAAGACACCAAGCAGACAAACCUUUCUGAAGAUAGCAUUGGACAUUCGCGCAAUCCCAGCGAGAUUGAUAGUCUAGAUUCAAACUACGUUAGAAAACAUUACAAUUUCGAAGCGCACUUGAAAAAUUACAAUAACAGCUCUCCAGAAACAGAACGAUCAGUUACCUCACAAAAUAACUGCAAAGAAUUAUAUAUAACUACUGAUGAUCACGACAGUGAAAACGAAGAUCGACCUAACACGCCAAAAUCUGUAAAUAAUAGUUGUCACUCUAUUGGAAACGGGGAACAAACAUAUUUUGAAGAUAAUCCAUCCAAUUAUGUACAAGAAUCAGCUGCAUAUGAUGAAAUAUCGAUAAAAAGCCAAAGUGCUAAAGAAAACGUUAAUCAAAUUAAAGCAAGUAAAACAGAUAUAGAACAAAUUCAAGAUUGUGAUAAUCAAUCUGUUAUAUCAGAAAACGACGGUACUGUUUCUAGUCCAACAGACAGUAUCACAUCAUAUAUUUCUAUUUCAAUUGCUUCAUCUGACAAGUCCCACAAACUAGAAUACUUAGCAAACUCUCUUGCUGAAAAAAUUGAUGAGUAUUGUGAUUCUCGUUUCCAAGAAAAUACUGCUUGUGAUUCAAAAAGUAGAAAUUGUAAUACCCAAAUUAAUGAACCGGACUCCGUUUAUUCGGCAGUUCAGAAAAAGACAACAUUUGCAGAUAUAAAGAGAGACUCUCUUUUAAAUAAAAACAACGAAUCCAACAAAGACGUCAUAACGAAAAUAUCCCCUAGUGAAAUUUACGUAAGCAAUACAUUUAUUGGAUGUAACGAUUACGACAAAGAUACUUAUUGUACGUCAUCAAGGAAUAUAACAACUGAACCUUUUGUAACAACUCUUAUAGAAAAUCAAUAUUACUCCUUACCUGAUAUAAACAUAGGCAAGUGUUUAAGAAAAUCAGAAAGGAUUGAUGCUCGACUAAGAGAAGAAGAUCCAGAAGAUAUCCCUUGUGAAAAUACAUAUGAAGUAGCACAGAGCCAUUUUAGAGAAAUAUUUACAAACAAAGAAAACGAAAAUUACGGCCAUCUAAACAAAAUAAACAUAUCCUAUGACAAUAAUAAUAUAAACGAUAGUUCUGUUGUAGAUUAUGUGGAAAAAACAGAACCCCAACUAAUACAAAAUUUUUCUAAACUUGAAGACGAUUUGAAAUCUAUAAUAACAAUUGAUAGUUCUACACUAGAUGAGCCAAAUCCUACACAUUAUUACCAAUUAGAUCAUCAUCAAAACGAAAGAGAAAUAAAUGAAAUAGAAGGUACCAUACGAAAUAAUAAAGUAAUUACGAAAUCUGAAAGUUUAAGACUUGCUUCUAAUGUUAUACAAAGACCUGAAGUGAAAAUUUUAAAAUCUUUUUCGAACGAUAAUAUAAAUAAAUCGACACAAGACAGAAAAGUAAAAACUGGAAUCAAAAAACACUAUUCACUUCGGCAACGUAAUCCUACAGAUGAUGACAAUUUUCGUAUACCUAGUCCAAAUACAGUAGAAAAGAACACUGUAAAUCGACCACACCCUUCUGUUAAGAAAUUGUCAUUUAGUGAAGAAAUAAGAAAUCACUCACUAUUAUCACGAGUACAAUCUUUCAAAACAUCCGCCGAAUCUAAUAUUGCAAUUGUACCUCUAAGUGGUCAUCAGACAAUUGUCAUUGAUCCGCCUCUGUCCCAACAGAUACCUAGUACAAAAGAAUACACAGAAAUAUUACCAGACUCUAAACAAAAAAUUCAUAAAUCUAUUCCAGACGUGCAAAAAAAAUCGCAAGAUAUAAACACAAACACAAAUAAUAAUAAUAAUACUGAAGUAGUUACGAACUUAUCAAAAGAUCCUUUUAUAACAAUCAAACUAAAAAAAGUCGUUAAACAGACAAUUCCUAAAUUAAAUUGUGCAACUUGUGACAACUUUUCUUUUAGCCAGCUACAAUUGUUAAAACCUCCGUCUAGGCUUAUUAUAAACGACAACAAAAAUAUUAUUCCAAAUUCACUGACACCUAAGUUCGAAAAAAUCAUGACUCGGCCACAAGUACUGCAAGUUAUUGACUCGAAAAAUAAAACACAACAGAACAAAGCUACUAUAAACGGACAACGAAUGGACAAGAAUGGCGAACUAAAAGACGAAAAUAAAGACACUAAGACUGAAAACAACGUAAAAGAAAAACUGAAUAUUGCAAUAAAAACAGACAUGGAAUAUCAAGAAAAAAUUAAUUCAGUAAAAACCUACUGGUCGAAACUUAUUGAUAAAUCUCCAGAAGUAACAAAUAAACAAGAUUCUUUAGACAAAACAGAUACAUCAGAUGAGAAUAAAAAUAAUAAUUUUGAAGAAGAAAAAAUUAAUAAUACAGCUAAUGAAGGCACUAGUGACAAAACUAUUCCAGAAGUAUCAGUAGGCAGUAUUAUUAAAUCGUUAGAAAGUGUUAAAAUAGUAGACAGUAUAAGAAAGUUGGGUCAAACAAAACUACAACUGUGGAAAGAUGAAUCAGAAAAGGUUAAAAGUGAUUCAGAAAUAGAUGAACCUCCAGUAGAAAAAAUUUUCAAGGAAGAUACGGUCACUAUUUAUGAUAGCCCAAAAUCCGAAAAAUUGAUUAAAAAACAUGAAAUAGACAUGUGUCGAGAUACACCAGAAAUAGAAAUAGUCGAACUAAGCAGUGAUGAUAAUCAAAACCAAAAAACUCAAGCUACACUUAUUAAAGCAAAAGGAUACGAAAAAGGAUGCGAUGAGUUUGACCAUGUUCGAUACAAAGUCAUGAAAUCUGAAUUGUUUAAAAACAGCAUGAUAGCUAAUUACAGAAAAGAAGCACAAUUUGAUGGUCUUUUACAAUAUCUACAAGAUUAUAGUUUUCAAGAAUUACUAGUUAACAAUAACAUAGUAAUUAUUGAACCUGUAAGGACGAAAGUCGAACCAACUCCAAGAAAAAACUCUACUACUGAAACAUGCAAAAUUCCACCAACAUUGUUAAAAAAACAUGAAUAUACUUCUCACGUCGAUAAAUCAAAAAAUUCAAUUCGAAGACACUUCUUUUAUCAUCCUAUUAGAGUAAAUAAAGAGAUUAUAGAAGAAGAGCUCCCCAAUCCGGAUACGGUAAAAAAAGUACGAAAUUUAUUCGAAGAUACAUUAAAAAUGAAAAGCCCCAUGGGUCAUGAUCCUCCACUAGUUGAAGAAAAUGUCGGUAUUCCACGACGCUCAACAUCGUAUAGAAAUUUAAGUGAGGAAACUAAAAGCUGCAAAGUUGGAGGAAGGAAAAAAAUUACACGGCAACUAACAAUUGAUACAAACUUUGGUAUUAAGAAAUGGGACAAUGCUAGCCUUUCAAGUGGUGUGUCUAGCGGUGAUUUGAGUUCUAAUAAUGAAUACGAAACUGACGGUUUAAGUCCAUAUUCACAAAAAACUCUUAAAGACAAUGUUUAUAGUUCAAGUGAUGAAUACUUAUGCGACUCAGCUAGCCAAGAUUUUUGUUGUGAAAGUCAAUAUGUCAGUCCUGAUAUCCUUAAGAAAAUAAGAGAAUGUGGAACAUCCGUUACCUAUUAUGGUGGAAAGGUUUUAAACUCUAAAACUAGCUCAACAGUUAGUCCUAUGACCAAAGCUAUAAUGGAAGAGAUUAAAAAUUUACAAAAAAACUGUAGUAGAGACUGCUAUUCAUGCCAAACUAAAUGUAAAGGUGAAAAAUGUUCAUGCCUUGUAUCAGACAAGCAUCAAAAAAUGAUUUCAGAAAAACAAACCAAUGAAAUCUAUACAAAAUUCGAAAACAAUCAAAGUCAAGAAAAAAAUUGUCGUUCCGACAAUUUUCCGGGAUUUAAGUUUAAACUUGUCAAAUCAAACAGUUGUAGUAGUCGUUUAGAAUUAACGGGUACUGAUGAAACCAAAAACCCAAGAAUAAAAUUUAGGAAACAGAAUUCAAAAGAAGACCCUCCUAUAGUAUAUGAUGAUGAAAACUCGGUAAAAAAGAAAAUUUGCCGUUUAGAGAGUUACAAUAAAGGUAUUGUUAAUACUCCAUUUCCAGAAAAAAACGAUGCGAACCUUAAACCAACUUUCAUUAUUGAAAAUGGACAAAAUAAUCAUUUGAAAAAAAAUAAAACAUUAGAAAGUCACGAAAUCGAAAAUCAUAAAGUGCGAAAAGAAGAAAAAGUGCAAAAUAUCCAGGAAAUAAGAGAAGACGAUAGCGAUUCUAACAAAAAUAAUAAGCAAACUAACGAAUCUAGUAACUUCGAAAAAAAGUAUUACUAUGUUAACGAAAAUAAAGAACAAAAUAAAGUUCCCACUGAGAAGUUUGGAGAAAUGGUAUUCGAAGAAUUCGAAGUCUUAGAAACGAGUUACGAUAGUUUAAAUAGCACUAAGUCUUUAAAAUAAGUAUAUGUAAUUAAAAGCCUUUCGCUUAUUAACUUCUGAUCUGUGCAUAUUUGUAUACGCUAUUAAUUUAUUACUUGUAAAUUUAGUCAAAUACAUACGUAUUUAGAAUAAAUAAUUUAUCUUAACUAGUUUAAUCAGAUAUUUAACACGAACUGUUAAAUUAAUUAACAUUGGACAAAAUUGUAAUCCUGGUGAUGGUCUCUCAGAUUUUGUGUAAUAAAUGAUAUUGAAAGUU